UUUAUUAUUUCAGAUCAUGUCAAGGAUUUUAGCUGUGGGCCAUUAUUUUACAAGACCUUUUAUUUCGAUGAAAGGCACAAUGCGCUCUAUGUGGGAGCAAUGGAUCGUAUAUUUCGCUUAAAUUUACAUAAUAUAAGCCAAUCAAUAUGUGAGCGUGAUGUCCUCAUCUUGGAACCUUCAGGUUCAGAUAUAUUAAGCUGUGUUUCCAAGGGAAAACAAGAGGUGGAAUGCCGUAAUCACAUACGCGUUAUACAGCCCAUGGACUCUGGGACACGUCUAUAUGUUUGCGGUACAAACGCCCACAAUCCCAAAGACUACGUGAUAAAUGCAAACUUAACACAUUUACCCAGAUCGGAAUACGUGCCCGGCAUUGGUUUAGGCAUUGGCAAAUGUCCUUACGAUCCAGCUGAUAAUUCGACAGCAGUUUAUGUGGAGAAGGGUAAUCCGUUCGGUUUACCAGCAUUGUAUUCUGGCACUAAUGCUGAGUUUACCAAAGCCGAUUCGGUCAUUUUCCGUUCCGAUAUAUACAACACAACCUCUGGUCACAAAGUGCAUAAUUUCAAGCGUACAGUUAAAUAUGAUUCGAAAUGGUUGGACAAACCAAAUUUCGUUGGCUCCUUCGACAUUGGCGAGUACGUGUACUUCUUCUUUCGCGAACACGCUGUCGAAUAUAUCAAUUGUGGCAAGGCAAUUUAUUCACGUAUUGCCCGUGUCUGUAAAAAUGAUCGUGGCGGUAAAUAUAUGACCGGACAGAAUUGGGCCACAUAUUUGAAGGCACGCAUCAAUUGCAGUAUAUCAAGUGAAUUUCCAUUCUAUUUCAAUGAAAUCCAAUCGGUAUAUAAAAUGCCACAUGAUGAUACGAAAUUUUAUGCAACAUUUACAACAAAUACGCAUGGCAUUGUCGGUUCGGCGGUAUGCAGUUACGAUAUACGGGAUAUAAAUGCGGCAUUUGAUGGUAAAUUCAAAGAACAAGCCACCUCCAAUUCCGCCUGGUUGCCUGUCUUGAAUUCCAAAGUACCCGAACCACGUCCCGGUACAUGUGUUGAAGAUACCCAAGCCCUGCCCGAUUUAGUGCUCAAUUUCAUACGUAAACAUCCAUUAAUGGACAAAGCCAUCGAUCAUGAAUUUGGCAAUCCAGUGUUUUAUAAACGUGAUAUUAUCUUGACCAAAUUGGUUGUGGACAAGUAA